AUGGCAUUCAAUCCAUCACGUGCUUCUCACGUGAUCAUCCCUGAUAGACAUGCCUGGCAUUUGCAAGUGGCAAUGCCUUCUCUUUCUCUCUCUUGUCUGAACUCAACUGUCUCUUUUGCUGCAACUAUGAAGGGCUUGCUCUCUCCCAGUUUCCUUCUUCAAAUUACUCUCUUCCUCCGUGUUUUUCUUCUGGUUAUGAACAAGUCUGAAGGCUCUCCAAUCACUUCUAAGGUUGAUGCGCUGCCUCCUGUUCUCCCUCCAACCACACAACCGCAGCCCUUUAUUCCUCUUAUAGCUCCUUCCCCAUUGAGACCUUUCACAAAUAAUUCUGUGCCCAAGUUAUCAGGCCUUUGUUCAUUGAAUUUCUCUGCUGCUCAAGAUAUAAUGACCACAACUGCUACUGAUUGCUGGACAUCCUUUGCUCCAUAUUUGGCAAAUGUUGUAUGCUGUCCUCAAUUUGAUGCCAUGCUGGUAACACUCAUAGGGCAGUCUAGCAAAUAUUCUGGGGUGCUAGCAUUGAACGAAACUCAUGCUAGUCACUGCCUCUCUGAUGUUCAGAAGGUCCUCGUCAGUCAAGGAGCAAAUGAGAACCUAAAAAAAAUAUGUGCAGUCCAUCCAACAAAUCUCACUGAGGCCUCUUGUCCCGUUGUAUUUGUAGAUGAAUUUGAGAGUAUUGUAGACACUUCAAGACUUCUGACUGCUUGUAGAAAAAUCGAUCCCGUAAAUGAGUGCUGUGAUCAAGUUUGCCAAAAUGCCAUACAUUAUGCUGCUAGAAAAAUUGCCUUGAAUGAUUUGUCUAAUUCAGAUGGAAACCAUAGCAUGUCUGGGCCGACAGCUAGGAUCAAUGAUUGUAAGAAUAUUGUCCUACGUUGGCUGGCUAGUAAACUUGAUGCACCCACUGCAAAUAGUGUUUUUAGAGGACUAUCAAACUGCAACCUAAACAAAGUAUGUCCAUUGGUUUUUCCAAGUGUCUCAAGUGUUGUGAAAGAAUGCGGGAAUCUCAUACACAACCAAACAGCUUGCUGCAAAGCCAUCAAAAGUUACGUGUCCUAUUUGCAAGAACAGAGUUUUGUAACCAAUCUUCAAGCCUUGAAAUGUGCUGCAUCACUUGGAAAGAAGUUGCAGAAUGCAAAUGUCUCCAAAGACGUUUAUAAUCUUUGCCAUAUAAGCCUAAAGGACUUUUCUCUUCAAGAAUCUGGUUGCCUUUUGCCGAGUUUGCCUACAAAUGCAGUAUAUGAUGGAACUUCAGGGAUUGGAUUCAUUUGUGACCUUAAUGACAAUAUUGUAGCUCCAUGGCCCACAUCGUCGUAUAUGCUUUCAUCCUCAUGCAAUAGAACUACAAAGUUUCCAUCGCUUCCUACGGCAACAUCCUCACAAAAUGGUCUUUUCAUUAAUACACUGGUUUUGCCUCUCCUCUUUACCUCUAUACUACUUCCCAAGAGGCUUCUUUAA